AAGACCUUGCAAGAAAUAUUAAGCUAAGCUUGGGAAAUCAAAGAGGUUACAAACCAAGUCAGCAAGAACCUACUUUUCCCCACGUUACUCUCACUUGUGGGUGGCUGAAGCUGCCACAGUUUCACAACCCUAGUUUGAGCAGCAUCUGUGAAAACAGUUCAGAUGAUGCCGUACACUCUCAGCAUAUGCACGUACAGAACCACAUCAGUUGACACCAAUUACCAAAUGCAAAAGAAACAUGAAGGAGUACAAACAUGAACGUUUCUCUUCACUGAUGCGAAUUUUAUUUUCCUGUCUUCUGAACAGAGAAAAGGCUUCAUGGAGCAUAUCAAGAUGUCACAAAAGCUUUGCAGUCACUAAGAAGCUUUGUAAUCGCUAGCUGAACGUUUUCUACAGUUGAAAGCGAAGAGUGCCAUAAUGAAAGCAGAUACCUUGCAGGAUGACACAUAUGCUCUUGGCAUUACUGGGCUGAAUGAAGAACUUCUUUACAGCUGGAUCAACAAGAUCCACGAAUAUUCAGGCGGUAAGGAAUUUGGGCAGAUGUCCAAGAAGUGACAGGACCACCCAGCUGCAGAAUCUAAGUCUUUCCCAGCUUUUUGUGCUGAAAACCCAACUAUUCAGAUUGCUUUGUGCUCUAAUGUGAGCACAUUAAAGACUAUGGAACAAAAAAAACCAAAAAACCUGCUCGUUGAUAAAAACCGUUAUUUUAGCGUUUUUCCUCCUCACGCAGCCAGUUCCAAUGCUGCUCCUCACAGAACUGCACACGGUAUUGCUCAGCAGCUGCUGCUUGACCUAUCCCUUUGGGUGAGAACUUGUUUUUGCUCUGCUCUUCCCCUCCCGGUGAGUAAUAACCUAUGGGGACAGAGCUGAUCAGGAGUUAUUUUCUGAAAGGAUCAGGUCACAGACAGCAUUUGGGUUUUAUGCCAAAGCACCGAUCAGAGCUGGGAAAGCAGGUACGACAGCUGCAGAUCCAGGGACUGGUGUGGGAGGGAAGCAGAAGAGGAGGGGCAUGAAGAAGCUGAGCUGCAGUGGCUCUGCCUCUGCUCCAAGCUUCCAGAGCAGCCUCAUCCUCAGCCCUUCUGGCACAGACUUUUUCUCUGCCACAUAAGCUUCUCCAGCACCAACUGCCAAACCUGUAGCUGCAAUUCCUCAGCUGCCUUUUUUGCCAGUUCCUGGAAUAAUCUGCACCAGGAUCAGACAGAGCUUGGAAGAAUCAUCUGGAGAAAAUUGCUCACAAAAGACAAAGCACUGGAAACCCCAAGCAUUCAGACUGGCCACCACUAACAAACGUAGACCUGCCCGAUAGCAGUCAGGGCUACAGCGACUGCUCCCUGCCUUCCAGGCAGCCUGUCUCCAUGGAGGAGCAGGAAGACAACUUUGUGUUUUCCUUUGGAGCCAACACCAGCAAGUGCAGCCUUGAGACCAACCAAACAGCCCCAACAUGCUGGUCAGGAGCAACCAGGGGUGGCCCAGAGGUGGUGAUUGUACCGGUGCUUUUUGGGUUGAUUUUCUUCCUGGGAAUGGUGGGAAACACAUUGGUGUUGGUUGUUUUGGGGCGUCUCCGAUCUGGGGGACGCCCAUCACGCAGCACUACCAACAUCUUCAUCCUGAACUUGAGCAUUGCAGACUUCUCCUUUCUGCUUUUCUGUGUCCCCUUCCAGGCCACCAUCUACUCCCUGCCAGAAUGGAUCUUUGGCGCCUUCUUUUGCAAGUGGGUUCAUUACUUGGCUAUGGCAACAAUGCUGGUCAGCAUCUUUACUCUGGUGGCUAUGUCUGUGGACAGAUACAUUGCUGUGGUCCACGCCAAGCGUUCACUCUGCAUCCGCAGCAAGCGUAAUGCUGCCUUUGGUGUGGGUGUCAUUUGGCUGCUGUCUCUACUCAUUGCCAUCCCUGUGGCCCAGCACCAGGCCCUCAUGAGUGGACAUCAUCAAGCACCCAACAGCUCCUUCUGCUGGGAGUACUGGGCAAACGGUUCAACAGCCAAGCAGAUAUACAAGAUUACCAUCCUGCUGGUGGGAUACCUCCUGCCCCUGGUGCUCAUCACCUGCUGCUAUGCCAAGGUUUUAUAUCAUCUCCAUACGAAAGUAAAGAACGUUUCCAAGAAGUCAGAGAGAUCAAAAAGGAAGACGGUGCAGACGGUGCUUCUCGUGGUGGCUGUGUUCCUGCUCUCCUGGCUGCCACACCACAUCAUCACGAUGUGGGCAGAGUUCGGGCAGUUUCCCCUGAACAACAUCUCCUUCACCUUCCGCAUCAUCUCUCACUGCUUGGCCUACGGGAACUCUUGCAUCAACCCCAUCAUUUACGCUUUCCUCUCAGAAAACUUCCGCAAGGCCUGCCGGCAAGUCUUCACCUGCAGGUUCUUCCUGUGGCCGGAUACCACCGAGAAACUGGUCAGGAUACGCAUGGAGAACUUCUCUACCACGCACUCAACCACUAAAAUGUAAAUUGGACUCACAAAUGCCUUUCUAGAGAAGGGGAAAGGGUGCUGUCUGGGGAGAACAGGUAUACAAGUCCAUUUUAGGGAGUUGCAGCCUGCAGCAAUGUGGACUUUGUCAGAUUACUAAGGUGGUAGGAGGCAUUCUUCCACCUGGCUGUUAGGACACUUGACAUAGCUUCUCCUAGGGUACAUUGCAAGGCACUGGGCUCUGUGCAACAGAAAUAUCUGAAUGUCCUUGCGGUGCCCAUAAGAUAGAACUCGUAUCCAGUUGCAGUUAUGCCCAUAAAGUCUAAAAUAAGUUACACAGAAGGUAGCAUAUGGACAGACAAGAACAGUUAAUUAUGUCUGUAGAGAGUCAUUAGGAAUGUGAACGAUGAGCGAUAUGACAUUUAGAGAGCACUGAAAAGCAGUUUGGGAGAAGUCAAACUAAAAAGUCUUUGAAUAUGUCUUUGUUUCUUAAACAAGUUGGACCAUAUGCAAGCUACAUACAUUUUUAGCUCAUUAGCUGCAAUAGGGUCUCUAAAUCUCCUUGAAGGCUUUGCUAUAGUAUUUAUGUAUUGGGUAGUAAAACCUUUCAUGUGAGACGUGUCAUGUGGAUGUCUGCAUUUGGUGGCUCUGUAUCAGUUUGAACGCCUGUGUGCUCAACAUAAUUACUGCUGUUAAUCACUGCCUCCAGUAACUGUCUGUGAGCAACAGUAGGAAAGUGGUGUUUCUCAAUAUACGCUUAAAAGAACUGUGGUUUUGUUGGAAAGUAAUAUUUACAAAAGGCUUUAUUGGUAAAUAUGGUGUUCUCUGAGUAUAUUUAUCCAAAGCUUUUUAUUGGUCACUUUAGUAUAUAAAUGCUAAAAUUUUUCUGGGUGGUUUUUGGUGGAGUUUUUUUGGGGAUAAACUGGUUUGAUCAACAGCAUCCAAGCAACAAUCAGUUUAGAGCAUUUGUACUUAGUUCAAGGUUAUUGUUUGUAAAUAUAUAAAGUGCAUAUUACUUCAAAAUUAAGAAGCAUAUGGCUGAAAGGACUUCAUUGUUUCACUCUGUUGUCUAAUUUGAUAGCAGUGUCCUGCAAUCCAGAUUAACCUGUCAUAGGAUUCACUGUAACAAUUCCAGAUUCAUAGACUACGUUACUGGUUUUUUAAAAGUGAGUUACAGAAGUUAAACCACAAAUUAUACAUCUAAAAACCACAACAAAAAUAUCCAAGUAAAACGUUGUAUUCAAUGAGAAGACAAAUACUUGAAGCUGGACAUGUGAGAUCCCAAGCAGCAACUUAAAUCCCUCAGAAACUUGAAAA